AGGCGGAUGUUCGUGGUAGGGAGUCAUCUCGCUUCCACUCGCUACUUUUCGCCGUCCGUAACAACAGCGGCUCCACACAAGAGACAACCUAAGGAUGGAAGAAUUUGAAGACAGCGAUGCUCCUCCUGCUGUGGAUCUGAGUCAAUGCAACACCUGCAGCAGAUGGUUUUUCCCUAAAGUCUUGGAGAAGCAUGCGAAAAUCUGCCAAAAGUCGACAGUCAAAAAGAGGAAAGUUUUUGACUCCGGCCGACAGAGAGCUGAGGGUACGGACAUUCCCACGCUUAAACCCCUUAAACCAAAGGCCGAACCUCCGAAGAAGCCGUCCAACUGGCGGCAAAAACAUGAGGACUUUAUCGCCACCAUCCGAGCCGCCAAGGUCGUCGAUAAGGUCAUAAAGGAGGGCGGACCAUUACCUCCGCCUCCUCCUCCUACUAUUGACCCAGACUACGUCCAGUGUCCUUACUGUCAGCGGAGGUUCAACGAGGGUGCAGCCGACAGACACAUCAAGUUCUGCCAAGAGAAGUCUGCACGCAUGCCCGGCAAGGGCAAGUUAGGAGAUGCCAAGAAGCCUCCUGGUCGCUCAGUGUGCAAGCCUGCUGCUUCUGCCAAGGCCCCCCCUGCCGCUGCGUCACCCAACCCUUCAGCCUCCUCUCGUUUGCCCCAGAGAUCAAGUCUUGGACAGCCCUCCGGGAUCCCAUCCAGUAAGGUGUCCGGUGCCGGUUCAGUGAGGAGCAAUCCCUCUGGCCUCACGAGCCCUCCAUCAGGUGGGGGGAGUAAGACUCGAGCUGUGAGCUACGGCUCUGUGAGGACCACUCAGUCGGGAACCGCAAACAACAACAAGAAGAAAGCAGACGCCUUCACGUCGAGGAAUGACGUCAACGACGGAGUCGGCAACGGUGGCACGAAGAGCAAGUUCUGUCACGCUUGUGGGACCAAGUACCCGGUUGAAUCUGCCAAAUUCUGCUGCGAGUGUGGGGUCAAGAAGAUGUGUAUCUGAUGACGGCGGGGGACGGGCGGGGGGGGGGCAGCAGAGGGAGAAGCUAGAAACACUUGGAGACGACGCUAGUAUUCAAACUGGCGCCGCAGAUGUUUCGACCGAGCGAAUCCGACGGCAUUUCUACUCUUCCCGGGUCUGAUUUCCCGGCAGUAAAGUGACGCCAUCGUCAGCACGAGACCCUACCGUGCGCCGAUUUUCUUCCUCGUGGAUGUUUGGUAUUAGUGGGAUUUGCGGGUCCAGCGACACUUUAUUCCAAUUUGUUCAGUGCUUCCUGCUUCAUAGUUGACCGUUUGAUUUAGUAAACUUUCUGACAUUUUCAUUCAACACGAAUCUAAUAUCUACAAUAAUUUUAGCCUCUAGUGGUUUUGUGGCCUAUAGCCUUCAUUGGCAAAGCCUAUGCUGCGGGUCAUGAUCUCAAUAACUGAUGUGGCGGAUGUCACUGGAACAACCCAUGCAACUCAUUGUUUUCAGUUGACCUCCUCCUUACUGCCGGCGCACACACACUCUUACUCCGACACACACACACACACACACACAUGAGCACGGUUGCCGUGAAACUAGAGUAAUGCUUUGAUAACUAGUUUUUUAUUGUUCCUGGACAAUAAUUAAGUUUAGUAGAGCCGCUGUCAGCAACUGAAAGCCAUUGGCGCAUCAUUAUAGGAGAGUGCAGAUAAGAUAUUGACUAAAAGCAACGAGGUUGGUUGUAAAAUGGGAAUUGGUAAGUCAGGGGCUGGUGUUUGUUGACUUAUUGGAGCCUGGGUGUGAUCUCCCCAGUAUCUUGAUACCCAGUCAACCGUGAUCCGAAAAGGCAUUCCUCAGUCCCAUCCGCUCUAACAAAACAUGUUCCCCCUGAAGUGCAAUGUGACUACUGGUGAAAACAAUGUGGCUUCUCUAAAGAAGUGUGUUUUGAUUUGCAUUUGUAUCAAUGUCACCACCCCCCACCCCCCCCUGUUUGGCUUUUCUAGAAAGAAAUGUAGCAUUAACCCAAACCUGUGUAUUACCCCUCAGUUUGUACCAUGCAAUCAAUUAUUUAUUGUUGUAUGUCCCUUUUUCAUUUCACUGAAUGAACAUUGACUGGAUUUCUUUUAUUCAUGCUCUAUUGAAUUGAAAUGUUUUCUCAGGAGUUAUAUGAAACCGCACAGAAACUGCCCCUCCCUAUCCCGAUAGUGCUUCUUUUGUGACUGUGUUCAGUGUAUUAAGGUUCAAUAGUAAAGCAACACAGGAUGCAUUCUACAUGGGAUUGGUUGAUCUUGGACCUCAACACACAAUCCACUAUUUAUGACCCAGCAUAGGUAAAUUACAGGUGGGACGCUAAGAAGGAAAUAAGGCCUCUAUGAAGUUGCAAAUGUAAUGUUGGAGUAAUUCUGAUCAUCAUUGAGUCCUUUUUUGAGAAGUACGGUCCAUUCUGAUUAUCUCAAAUGACAAUAAACGUUUGACCCGACUGGA